GAAAAUUUUGAUGUUUGUAUUCAUUUAAGACCAAAGGAAAUAUUUUUUUUUUCUUGAUCCACCUUCAUUCAAAAAUGUAGGGGAGCCCUACUCAGCUCCUACCCUACACUGAGUGGGAGUGACACUUAUAAAUGCCACAUUUCCCUCCCAUAACUCAAAACCAUUGCCCUUUCUAAACAAACACUAAUUUGCCCUUUCUACACUUGAGAAAAGGAAGGAAAAAAAAUGAUAGUUGACAGCCUCCAAAGAGAACUCUCAGCUGAUUUCUGCAUCACUGAGGAAAUAAGCUGUGGGAAAAAGAGAGAUGGUAGAUCAAUGGAGAGGAAGAAAAAAUGCCCACAAGUCCAAGACGACGGCGAGUUCAAAUCCAAAAACCUCAUUGCCGAGAGGAGGCGUCGCGAGAAGCUUAGCCGACGUCUCUUAGAGCUCCGAGCAUCCGUUCCCAACAUAACAAAUAUGACGAAAGAGACGAUAAUAACGGAUGCAAUAAGCUACAUUGAGGAGCUGCAGAGCAAUGUGAAAGAGCUGAGCAAUGAGCUUUUGGAAAUGGGAUCAUCAAAUUGUGGUGGGGUGGAUGAUGAUGAUGAUGAUGAUGUGAAACCAGAGGUUCUUGUGGCUCCAAUUGCUGAAAACAAGCUAUGGAUCAAGAUAAUCUGCAAGAACAGAAAAGGUGUUUUCACUAAACUCAUGGAAGCCAUGAAAGGUCUUGGAGCUCAACUCAAUGACACCUCUGCAACUGCCUCUAAAGGCGCCCUUCUCGUCACUUCUACUCUCGAGUUAGGUCGGAGCGGACGAGCAGAGGCUCGUAAAACUCAAGAGUUCUUGGAGCAGAUCAUCAAGAACAUAUAAAGAUUGGGUUUUUCCUUAGAAUUUUGGAUGAGUAUCUGGUUAAUGUUGACACAAAUCUUGAUCCAGAAAAAAAAGAAGGGAGGAACAAAAAACAUGACUUAACUGUGAAAUCUCCCAACCAAACAAGUCCUUAAUAGACUCCUAGUGGUAUU